AUGCUGGAAAAGUUUUUAGAAGAUCAUAAUGAACUAAUUCGAUUGAUUAAAAGAGUUUCGCCACGACUGCAAAAUUACAACUAUCAAGUCGUCAUAAAAGCCGACAAAGUACCAUUAGGUGAACAUGCUGUCAGAUUCAACGCUCCAACUCUUGACGAGGUCGCUAUUAUUAUGGAAUACUGGGAAAAAGAUGGCCUGGUUGACGACGUACUGCAGCAACUUGUAAUCGAUCUUGGAGGAGAGGAGUCAUCCGACAGCGAGAUCGAAAGUGAAUAA